AUGUCCCUCAUUGCGCUGAACUGUAUCAACGCCAUGGCACACCGCUCGUUUCUUGUUCGAUUCCUUUUCGCUGCAACACUCUUCGUUGGGACUCUGGCUUUACCUCUAGUUGUCGGAGACGGCCGCGAGGCUCGAGCGCUAACAACUUCUGAAUUGUACGGCAACAGAGGUUACUACCAAACCCUCGACGCUCGCAAAUUCGACCCAGAGCUCUACGAGCGCUUUUGUACCAACGGCUUCUGCGGUAGACUCUGGGGAAAAGUGAAGGAGAAGCUAGGCGGGACACCUGCUCGAGAGCCCGAGUGGCAUCAACUCACCGAUCUUAACCCGAGCGUUGGGCAUCUACCAACCGACCAACAACCCCAGCCUCAACCUCAACCUCUUCCACCCGCUCACCUUAGUGCUGUAGAUCUCCACCGUCAGAUGAUAGCACCGCAAUAUGGCAGUGGUGGAGAUGGUGGGCCCAGGCUCCAAGUCAGCUCGACUGUCACGACUAGCAGGAGUAAGUCCAAGGGCGUCAAGAAGGGCGGAGCUCCCGCUCUGGACCAGCAUAAGCCCAAGAAGACCUCAGCUGCCAAAGGGAAGGCGCGCGCCAGGAACCUGCCAAAGAAAAUUGCCCCCAAACCUGUGACUAGGCCGGGAAAAGGAAAGAGAGCUAAAGUUUAG